GGAGCAGCGGCGGUGCGAGGACCCGAGCGAGUCCCAGGAGCAGACCUGUGGACGGUUUCUAUUUUUAUUAUUACUAACUCCCGGGUUGAUGAACGUGCAGGGCGCGUGCAGACCCCCGGGACCUGGAUGUAACUAAAAACCGGAGAGACUGACUGAUCUCGAGGAUCCGUGGAGUGAUCCGUGGAUCACGGCUGUGAUCUCUUCGUCCUCUGCAUGCGCGUGAUUGUGCUCACUGUGGAGCUUCCUCGUGCCCAAAUGGAUGUAAGCGCGUGAGGAGCAUACUAAUGAUCGGCGCGCUGCGUCUCCAUCUGAGGCUGAGGGCCACCGAGGAGCCGCUCGGUCACCCAGAGGGUCUGAUCCUAGGGCUGGGGGAAAACACCGACUCUGGAGGACACAUGGAUUUAUGAGUUAACCGGAUAUAAGAUAAAAAUAGAGACAUGAUCUUUGGACCGUAUCGCCCAGCCCUUACCCACACCUGAGGAAUCAUACGUCUUUUUAACAGGGAUUAAUGCGAGCCAGCUGAGAGGAGAGCAGCUCUUUAGUUACGGACACAGAGGAGAGUUUUAACAUGGGAAACAGUUUCUCAAACAUCGCCGCCUUCCAGUCCCUGCAUAUUGUCAUGCUGGGUCUGGACUCGGCAGGAAAGACCACCGUCCUCUACAGACUCAAGUUUAACGAGUUCGUCAACACGGUGCCCACCAUUGGCUUCAACACGGAGAAGAUCCGCCUCAGUAACGGCACCGCCAAGGGCAUCAGCUGCCACUUCUGGGACGUGGGGGGGCAGGAGAAGCUGAGGCCACUCUGGAAGUCGUACAGCCGCUGCACAGACGGGAUCAUCUACGUGGUGGACUCUGUGGACGUGGACCGGCUGGAGGAGGCUAAGACGGAACUGCAUAAGGUGACUAAGUUUGCAGAGAACCAGGGUACGCCUCUGCUGGUCAUUGCCAACAAACAGGACCUGCCCAAGUCUCUGCCGGUGGCAGACAUUGAGAAGCAGCUGGCCCUGCACGAGCUCACCCCCUCCACCACCUACCACAUCCAGCCGGCCUGCGCCAUCAUCGGCGAGGGUCUGCACGAGGGCAUGGACAAACUGUAUGAGAUGAUCGUAAAGAGGAGGAAGUCUCUGAAGCAGAAGAAGAAGCGGUAACGGCUCCUCAAUGAUUGGAUUAAAGCUGUGUCACGCUGUGAAGCUGCUCACUGAUGCUUCUGCAGGAUUUUUACCACCAAUAACCAAAAAGACUGAAAAUGAACUUCAGCUCAGAUGGGGGAGGAGCAGGCUGGCCUGUUCCUCUGCUGCUGUUAAACUCUGGGAAUGUUUUUAUUCCCAUCAUCCUCUGCAGAGACACAUGUUGGAUUUUGCUAGGGUCAGAUGUUCCCGCUGCUCUUUGGUUUUUAUUUUUGACAAACAGACAUCCGUGUGGACGUCUGUCGACUGUUUUUUGGAGCAUUGAAGUAGCCUUUUUCUCUGCGUGGUGGCCGAGGACUGAACGGUUGUCACUUUGCACUUUUAAUUUCAGAUCAGACUGUAGACGACAACACUGUACUCCUAGACGAGCAGAUCAGGUGUUUAUGUACCAAGA